AUGGGCAAUUGUGUCAGCUUCACUCAUAAAAGAGAUGCCAAUCCUGACGCUCAAAAAAAUAGACUCAUUGACAAACAAAUCAAAGCCGAUGAGAAACGUUUGAAGCAAGAGGUGAAAUUAUUGCUACUGGGCGCUGGCGAAUCGGGCAAAUCAACUGUUUUAAAACAGAUGAAGUUAAUUCAUGCUCAUGGCUUCGACGAAUCAGAAAGAGAGAGCUUUAGAGUAAUUGUUUAUUCCAAUAUUAUACUGGCUAUCCAGAUUAUUUUUGAAAUGAUGGAACAACUCAACAUACCCUUUGAGCAUGAAUCAAACUCUGCUUACAUUACAUUAUUUAAGAAUCAUGAAACUUUGAAACGUGGUCAACCAUACCCUCAAAUCUAUUUACAACCUUUGAAAUCAUUAUGGGCAGAUGCGGGUGUGAGGGAAGCGAAAGAACAUGGAAAUAGUUUCGCUUUACACGACAAUGCAUCAUAUUUUUUUGAUCAACUGGACCGUUUUUGGGAACCCGGUUACUCGCCAACAGAUCAGGAUAUUAUUCGAUGCAGAGCGAAAACGUCAGGAAUUGUUGAGACGAUAUUUCAUAUUGGCCCGUUAACGUAUCGCAUGUUUGAUGUGGGUGGGCAGAGGAGUGAACGUAAAAAAUGGAUCCACUGCUUUGAAAAUGUUACUGCUAUUCUAUUUGUUGUAGCAAUAAGUGGAUACGAUCAAUGCCUUGUAGAAGAUAGAGAUUCGAUGCACGAAGGAUUGAUGUUAUUUGAUAGCAUUUGCAAUUCGACAUGGUUUAUCAACACAUCUAUGAUUUUAUUCUUGAACAAAAUAGACAUCUUUAGAGAGAAAAUCCUGGUUUCGCCAGUGUCGAAAUGGUUUCCUGAUUUUAAGGGUGAUGAUAAAAGCUUUGAAGAAACGAGUGAUUAUUUCAAGCAAAGAUUUCAACGGCUAAAUCAUAAUCCAAGCAAACAAGUUUAUAUACACAAUACAGAUGCGACAGAUACACAAUUAUUACAACAUGUUAUGACUGCAGUAUCUGAUAUCAUAUUGAAUGAAAAUAUCAACUCUCUGAUGCUCUAA